CUUCCUCCCUCCUUUCACUUGAACGCGUAUCUUCUCCUCUACACAACUCUUUCUCGCUCCCGAUGCUUGAAGCCAAACUCGCAGAAGCAGGUCUCCUCAAGAAACUCCUUGAUGCUAUCAAGGAACUUGUUACCGACGCCAACUUUGAAUGUAAUGAGGAAGGCAUUAACCUGCAGGCCAUGGACAAUUCACACGUCGCGCUCGUCGCGGUGAAGAUCCUGGUCUCUGGCUUCAAGCGCUAUCGAUGUGACCGACCCAUGCCUUUGGGCGUCAACCUGGGCAGCCUGACCAAAGUCUUGAAGUGCGCAAAGGACGACGAUAUCUGCACAUUGAAAGCGGCAGACGAAGCGGACGUCCUAAACCUCAUCUACGAAGCCAAAAACUCUGACCGUAUCGCCGAAUACGAAAUGAAGCUGAUGGAGAUCGACGCCGACGCGCUCACCAUCCCCGACACAGAAUACGAAGCCCGCGUCACCAUGCCCUCGAGCGAAUUCGCGCGCAUCGUCCGCGACCUCUCCCAGCUCGGCGAGUCCGUCCGCAUCGAGGUAUCCAAAGAGGGCGUCCGGUUCGCUGCAGAGGGCGAGUCUGCCAACGGGAACGUCCUGCUAAGGCAAACAGAAGGCGCGAUUACCGGUGGGCGGAUCGUCGCCAAGACGGAGGAGGAUGAGGAUGGGGAUGGUGAGAAGGGCGAGGAUGGGGAUGAGGAGGACGAGGAUGUGAAGCCGGAGAAGAAGAAGAUUAAGAAGGAGAAGGUGGAUGAGGAUGUGGAUAUGAAUGAGGAUGAGGAGGAGGAGUUUAAGCCUGAUGUUGACGAGGACGGUGAGGAGGAGCAGGAUGAAGACGAGGAUGAGGAUGAGGAGAGUGGGAAGAAGAGGAAGAAGAAGGCCAACGGCUCAGCCAAGCCUGCUAAAAAAGCCAAAACCGGCUCGUCCUCCAAAGGCAAGAAGAAGAGCGACGACGAUGACGACGUCGAUGGUAUCCUCAUCGAGAUGAACCAACACGUCUCCCUCACUUUCUCCCUCAAGUACCUCGUCAACUUUGCAAAGAGCACCAGUCUCUCUGCCAAGGUGCAGUUGAUGAUGAGCAAUGAUGUGCCUUUGUUGGUCUCCUACGACUUUGGCCAAGGCUACAUCCGGUACUACCUCGCACCCAAGAUUGGUGACGACUAAUUUCCUUUUCUUUCAUUUUUUGUAUAUCCAAGCUAUCUGUUUUAACGUUUUCGUCUCCCACCGCUCUGUAAUUCUGUUGUCCAGCAUUCAUCUAAUUGAAGUAUUUUUCUCUUUC